AUGGUUGCAUUUUGCAUAAAAGGAGACGCGUUGUUGACGUUGCUUUGGUUGAACUAUGUGUGUGUGACAGCCGCGCAAUAUGAAAACUACAAUCAUAAAAAUGUCACCACAGAGGAGCUCAUGUCGCUUACAACUGCGUAUGGAUUGGCUUUGGACCAUUACGCAGCAGAGAGGUGGACUGAAUCGAUCGAAUAUUUGGAAUUGAGUUUGCGUUUGCGUCGGCUUCUCAAAGACAGUGCGAGGCACUGCCUGCUGCACUGCGAUAGUACCAAACAUGAAGAACCGUCUACGGAAAACCAGGACCUCCAAGUCUACUGGCACGUUAUGAUGAGAGCGUCCUGCCAGAAGAAGUGCAGAGGGCAUUUCCCCGCGUUGCAGCUCCCUCCUCCCGGCAGAGAGAUCCUGGAAGAUUUCAGCAGAAGGUCUCCAUACCGAUACCUGCACUUUGCUUACUCCAGGUUGAAUGACCUGCAGAGGGCCGUCCCGUGUGCCUACACCUACCUCCAGAAGAACCCCGGGGACCAGGAGAUGCACCAGCUGAUGGAGGAGUAUAAGAGCCAGUACGACCUGAGUGGCUACCUCACCGACCACGAAGAACAACCAUAUGAGGCUUCCUUUCUGAGAGGAGUGAAACUCAUCAAUUCAGGGGACUACAGCAGCAGUAUUGACCACACGGAGGCAGCUCUGAGACUCUAUCUCCAUGAGUAUGACCUCUGUCAGGCAGACUGUGAAGGGAUCAAUCAACUUUCACCACACAGUGACUUCUAUACAGUCGUAGCAGAUAUUUAUGUUGGCGCAUUACACUGUAAACUGAAGUGUGAAGAAAACUUGAUGCCUAAUGUUGGUGGUUAUUUUGUGGACAAGUUUGUGGCCACUAUAUACCAUUACCUUCAGUAUGCCUAUUAUAAGUUGAACGACGGCCGCAGUGCGUUGCCCUGUGCUUACAGCUACUUCCUGUUUGAACCAGAGGACCCGAUCAUGAAGCAGAACCUGCAGUAUUAUAAAGCCUACAGUGAGCAGUGGGGCCUUCAGCCCGACCACUUCACACCCAGGAUGGAGGCUGUAAGACACUACAACCACACAGUCACUCUAAAGCAGAUGCUGACAUCUGCAGAGAAGUACUUAAAGUCAAUUGAUGAGGAAGCAACACUUUUGUCCUCCGAGUCUCCCGAUGUUGAGUUUGAAGGGAUGGGAGACUACGAGGAGUCGAUCUACGCUGACUGGAGACAGCCGAAGGGCAAAGGAGACGCUGGGGCAGCAGACUGGACACCGUGUAAGGAAGACAGGACUGCGAAGAGAUACAACUCAGACUCACGAAGAUCUGGAAAGAGAAGAGGAAGGAAGCACGGAGAGAAGAAGAGGGGAAGAUAA